AUGAUGAUGAUAAAUGGAAAAUCAUUGAAUAUAUCUCAUGAAAAAACGAUGGAAGAGAAUCUGCAUUUCCCUAGGCUGAGUGACUUAAUGUCCUGCUGUUGUGAAAUAUCACGAAUGACAAAGAAAAAACCUCCAGUGACGUUUUUCAAAUCAUAUUUAUUUCUCGAGAUUAUGUUGAAGAAUUAA